AUGUCUCAGAUGACACUCCGCCAAUUCUCAGCCCCGUCUAAUAGCCAUAUCCCUACUAGACUGACCAAUGACCAAGGCACUGAUGACUUUGAGAUAAAGACUGGCCUUGUCAACAUGAUCCAAGCAAGUCCCUUCUGCGGAAAGGCAUCAGAGGAUGCCAACGCUCAUCUUCAAAAUUUUCUGGAAGUGAGCAGCAUAAUCAACCCAAAAGGCACUUUGAUGGAUAAUAUUCGUCUUCGAUUGUUCCCAUUCUCUUUGGUUGGGAAAGCAAAGAUGUGGUUCUACGCAUACAAGGAAGAAUUCGACACUUGGGAUGCGUGCGCCAAUGCUUUUCUGGUCAAGUACUUUCCGGUGGGCAAAACCAACACCCUUCGGAAUAGGAUUACCAGUUUUCAACAACUCCAGGACGAAACAGUCCAGGAAGCCUGGGAACGUCUUCAAGAAUACAUUGCAGUAGGCCCACACCACGACAUGGAAGAAUGGCUUGUCAUUCAGAAGUUCUUCCAUGGCCUGAACCGGCGAUCACAAGAUCACAUGGACGCAGCAGCGGGAGGAGCAUUUCACUCCCUCGAUGUUGCAGGAGCUAGAGUGCUCAUCAAUAAGGUUGCUUCCAACCAGAGUUGGAACGAAGAAAGGCAGCCGGCCCAUGCAAAAGGAGUACAUGAAAUCGACAGUGUCGACAGGCUAGUAGCCAAGAUGGAUCUUCUCAUGAAAAAGCUAGAAUCUCCACACCAGGAGGUUACCCAGACUGAGUCUCGGAUGACAUGUGAGAAAUGUGGCAAUACUGGACACUCGGGCAAAUCUUGCCCGUUCACUCAAGAGGACGAGAACUUCAUUGGGAACAACACUCCUUAUGACACAGACUGCCGUCUUCAGCAAGGUUGGAAUUUUAAGCCCGACCUCCCCUUCGGCCAACAGCAAGGUAACAAUUUUAAUAACAGUUUUCAGCCCUCGCUUAAAGACUUCAUGAAAGGCCAAAAACAAAUCAAUGACAAUAUUAGUGAGAAGUUUCUUGCUAAUGAUAAAAUUCUUGAAUCUUUGGCUAUGCAACUAGAUGGGUUUAACUCUGUUAUUAAAAAUCAGUUGAGUUUCAAUAAAUUGAUAGAAACUAAGGUAACUCUACUGGCCUCAUCCUACCUUAACCAAAACACGGGGAAGCUAUCCGGGAAACCGGAAGUGAACCCGAAAGAAAGCGUGAAUGUGGUAGCUGUGCGGGCAAGACAAUCCACACAGAGACCACAUCUUCCGCAGGAUGUAGGUGCACAGCGGAAGACCGUAACUGCCAGGAAUACCAAAGCUAAAGACGGGGUGCUAGAGGAGGCCGAAGAAUCCAACACCAUUGCUACCCAGGAAGACCCCGUGGAACCCCAUAGAACUUCACGCGACUGUCACGACACAACCGCCUUACUGUUUCUAGAGCGGAAAAGGAGGCCGGUGGCCGACAAGCAAUUCAGCAAGUUUGUCGAGGUAAUCAAGAAGCUUUAUGGCAACAUACCACUUCUUGAUACUAUGCAGGUUCCCACGUACGCCGAGUAUCUCAAGGAUAUCCUUGGCAACAAGAGGGUCCUGCCGCCCACCGAGGUCAUGCAGCUUACAGAAGAGUGUAGCCCAGCUAUACUCAACCCUCUUCUGGAGAAGAAGAAGAAACCAAGAUGCCGCACCAUCACAUGUUCCAUCGGAGCUCAACACUUUAAGCAUGCUCUUUUCGAUCUGUGA